AAAAGAUUCGAAUUCAGUGACUUUAAAAACCCCAGGUCAUUAUUUUCAAUAAUUUCGUAAAGUUAUUUCUUCAGAUUUGCCUGUCAUACAUUAUAUGAGUAGCUUUACUUUAUUUUUUUCCAAUAUAGGGGUACGUCAGUCGUUGUUAAGGGGUUAAAUUAAUAAUUUCCUAUAAUCAUAGAAAACUAUACGUAUAUAUAAUUAUGUUCAAUAUGACCUUCGACAUAGAAAACCGCAUAUGCCCUUUAAAAGUUUCGUUCAUGCGAAUGUAAACACAUGUGAAAAUGCUGCAUUAAUAAAUUUACGUGUGAUAAGUGAAAUCAAUUAAUUUCUAACCAUUUAAAUGGACUGCAAUAUUUAACAUGUAAUUUAUUUCAUGAUUUAAUCUCAACAAAAUUAUUCUGAAUUGUUUAUAAACUGUUAUUCAUUUUACUUUUAUUGACUACAUUUUUAUACACAGAUGCCGCACACUGUUAACACUAACAAUAUUUGCUGUUAGUUUCAAACGUGUCGAUCAAUCAGCUAGUCAUGAAACAUAAUACAUUCUUCAGGUAUAGAAGAAAGAAUACUCCAUUCUUCAGUAAGAAUAAAAUUGAUAAAAAUUUAAAAACAUUAUCCGGCGAGCUUAAUAUUUAUGAAGACCUACUUCCAACACAUUAUAUAAGUAAAAUAUGCGGUUUACUUCCAAUAAGAAAAAUUCAAUUAAAAAAUGGUGAAUAUUCUGGAGAACUAUCUACAUCAGGGAUUUUUUAUGGAAUCCUGCUGAUAAUAAUUCUUAUGUUAGCUCAAGCAUGGGGUCUAUGGCGAGAUUUGCGACAUGGUUGGAAAAAUAGUACAAGACUAUCAUCUAAAACAGCUGUUACAGUGACUUGCACUGAUGUUGUGUCAAUUGCUGGUGUAACUAUAACAUCAGUUCUGUGUGUUCCCUUGAAAUGGAAACAUAUACAACAGAGUUUACACCAUUUAAUUCAGGUGAAUAGAAAAUUAAAAAGCCUUGAAGUCGCAAGAAUACAGACAAACAUUAUCAUAUUUUUGUGGCUUUUACCAGUUUUAAUUAUUAUUUCGAUUUUGGAUUAUUAUACUUGGUUGUAUGCAAACAAAAGAAAUAAUUUGGCUCCCCGUGAGGAUAGAGGUCCUAUUAACUAUUCACCCAUUUAUUUAAUGUACAUUGUAAAUACCGUAUUUGAAAUACAAUAUGCUUUAAUUGUAUCGUAUAUGGGAAAAAUCUUGGAAAUAAUAAAUCGAAUUCUUCAGCAACAAUUUACUAGAUACAAAUUUCAUCAAUUUCUAAAGAGAAUUAUUGAAGAAGAUCAAAAAACUGUGGAGAAGAAAAUUUCACUUUUGGUAAAUUUACACGAUGAUUUAUUAAACAGCAUUCGUUCUUUGAAUAUGGGCUUUGGAUUGCCGAUACUUUUUGCUGUUUUGAAUUGUUUUAUUCAUUUAAUCAUUACAGCUUAUUUCGCAUAUAUUGAACUACAUGACGAUAAUUGCAGUUGGAGAAUUUUAAGUAUGCAAAUUGUGUGGAUAAUUUUCCAUAUUAUAGGACUUUUAAUUAUCGUGCAACCUUGUUAUUGGUGUAUUACCAUGAAUAAAGAAAUAGGAACUUUAAUCUGUAAAUUGAUUGUUGUUAAUAAGAAAUUACAUAUUUUGAAACGUCUGGAAGUAUUUUCUCAUCAAUUGUUAUUUAGACCAUUGGAAUUUUCUGUAUGUGGAUUAUUUUAUAUAGAUAGACGUUUGUGUACAUCGAUAGCGUCUGCAAUUACGACAUAUUUAGUUAUUUUAAUUCAGUUCCAAGGUAAUGGAGAUGAUAAUUAAACAAGAAUAUUAUAGAUCAUAAAAAUGUUGAGUAUUAAUAAAAUUUAAAAAU